AUGGCUGGGCUACUCUCCAACACAGACCACACCGCUGAGAGCCUCCACUGCGAACACGAUGAGCAUCAGGAAACCCCGGCGCCCGUGGUCAAGCGCUCGUCAUAUGGUCUCUUUCCUUCAACAGCAGAUUACAGUGUACAGCAAGCUUCCGGGAGUCAUGAUGUCCGCGGCGCUGGCUUGUUCUCUGGCACCAAUGCGCAAGAGCGCGAACAAGAAGUACCUCUUGAGAAAGUUGAGUCCUCCAGUUCUAGCGAUUCAUCCACCCGACAUGGUUCCAAUGGCGAAGCCAAGCCAAAGCAGAAAGAUUCUCGGUCGUCAAGUGACGAACUACAUGGCGCCAUGCUCUCACGCAAGAACACACGCGCCGAGAUUGACGAUGAAGGCCGGCGAGAACUUCAGCGCAUUUUCACAACUCAGUCACAGAAGAUGGGACGGCAGAUGAGCAUCGCAGACCCGAAUGAUGCGACUGUAGACCCGUCUAGUGACUCCUUCGACCUCGCAAGAUUCCUGAAGAUGUUCCGUCACAACCUUGAAGGCGAAGGCAUUGAGAUGAAGAAACUGUCCGUUGUGUACAAGAACCUCAACGUCUUUGGAUCUGGACGAGCACUUCAACUCCAAAAAACUGUCGGUGACAUUCCUAUGGCUCCCUUCCGUGCUGGAGAGUACUUUGGCAGAUCAGAGCGCAAACAGAUUCUUCACAACUUUGACGGUAUCAUCAAGGCUGGCGAGCUCUGCGUGGUUCUCGGACGUCCCGGAAGUGGCUGCAGUACACUCCUGAAGUCAUUGACUGGCGAGCUCCAUGGCUUAGACACUGACGACUCGACCAUCCACUACAACGGCAUUUUGCAAGGCAAAAUGAGGAAGGAGUUCAAAGGUGAAACAGUCUACAACCAGGAAGUCGACAAGCACUUUCCCCAUUUGACCGUCGGCCAAACACUCGAGCACGCUGCUGCCCUCCGGUGUCCUUCCAACCGACCUGCAGGCCAAUCGCGCGAGGAGUUCUCCAAGUUCCUCACCAGUGUGGUCAUGGCCGUUCUCGGCUUGAGUCAUACUUAUAAUACCAAGGUUGGAGACGAUUUCGUACGCGGUGUAUCUGGUGGUGAGCGCAAGCGUGUCUCGGUCGCCGAGAUGAUGUUAGCUGGUGCGCCGUUCGCAUCAUGGGACAACUCUACUCGUGGUCUGGACUCUGCGACUGCGUUAAAGUUCGUCAAGUCGCUCAGGAUGGGAUCGGAUUUUACCGAAGGCGCCGCAGCCGUUGCCAUCUACCAAGCUAGUCAGAGCGUGUACGACCAGUUCGACAAAGCCGCGGUUCUCUAUGAAGGUCGUCAGAUCUACUUUGGUCCCGCAGAUAUGGCGAAAGGCUACUUCGAGCGUCAAGGCUGGUACUGCCCGCCCAGGCAAACGACCGGAGACUUCCUUACAGCCGUCACCAACCCCUCUGAGCGCCAGGCGAAGAAGGGUAUGGAGAACAAGGUCCCACGCACUCCAGAGGAUUUCGAAAAGUACUGGCGCGACUCACAAGAGUACAAGAACCUACUCGAGGAGAUCAAAGACUUUGAGGAGGAGUAUCCUGUCAACGAACACUCAAAUCUUCAAGAGUUGCGCAGCAAGAAACAGUUCAUUCAGGCUAAGCACGCUCGGCCCAAGUCCCCAUACCUCGUCAGCGUUCCAAUGCAGGUCAAGCUUAAUACCCGUCGCGCAUAUCAGCGUAUCUGGGGUGAUGUCGCAUCUACUGCUACUCAAGCCGGUCUCAAUAUCAUCAUAGCUCUUAUCGUCGGUUCCAUCUACUACGGCCACUCCCAAGGAUCAUCAUCGUUCCAAGGUCGAGGCGCCGUUUUGUUCUUGGCCAUUCUGUUCAAUGCUCUCACCUCUAUCGGUGAAAUCAGCGGAUUAUACGCGCAAAGGCCUGUCGUCGAAAAGCACAACUCAUACGCAUUCUAUCAUCCAGCUACGGAAGCUAUAGCGGGUAUUGUUGCCGACAUACCUGUCAAGUUUGUGCAAGCUGUGGUCUUUAACAUCAUAUUAUACUUCCUUGCACAGUUGCGAUACACAGCCGGUCAAUUCUUCUUGUUUUUCAUCGUAACCUACAUGGCCACCUUCGUCAUGGCAGCCAUCUUCCGAACAACGGCAGCUGUCACAAAGACAGCAUCGCAAGCCAUGGCUGGAGCUGGUGUCCUCGUCCUCGUUCUCGUCAUCUAUACCGGCUUCGUCAUUCGAAUUCCUGAAAUGCCUGUCUACUUUGGCUGGAUCCGCUGGAUCAAUCCCAUCUUCUACGCUUUUGAGAUUUUGCUUGCGAAUGAGUUCCACGGAGUCAACUUCCCCUGCGAUCAGUUCAUUCCCAUGGGUCCCGGCUACAAUCUCAACGGCAACUCAUUCAUCUGCAAUACUCAAGGUGCAGUCGCUGGCCAGACUUUUGUCUCUGGUGACGACUUCAUCCAGGUAUCGUACCGAUACUCUUGGUCUCAUGUAUGGAGGAACUUCGGUAUUCUUUGGGGGUUCCUCAUUUUCUUCAUGGUCACCUACUUCAUUGCCGUCGAACUCAACUCGUCCACCACCGACACCGCUGAGCAGCUCGUCUUCCAGCGCGGCCACGUUCCAGCCUAUCUACAAAAGGAUGGCAAGAAUAAGUCCGAUGAGGAAUCAAAGGGCGCUGCUAAGCCAGAUGACUCAGCCGGUGCUGGUGACGUCAGUGCUAUCGAGGAACAGAAGGGUAUCUUUACCUGGCGCGAUGUGGUCUACGAUAUCGAGAUCAAGGGUGAGCCACGUCGAUUGUUGGACCAUGUAUCCGGAUUUGUGAAACCUGGCUCCAUGACUGCACUCAUGGGUGUAUCCGGUGCUGGUAAAACUACGCUAUUGGAUGCGCUUGCGCAGCGAACUACUAUGGGUGUCAUCACGGGCGACAUGUUGGUGAACGGAAAGCCUCUGGAUCCUGCUUUCCAGAGGUCCACUGGAUACGUUCAGCAACAGGAUCUGCAUCUUGAAACUGCCACCGUGCGCGAGUCUCUCCAGUUCUCCGCUAUGCUUCGCCAGCCAAAGUCCGUCAGCAAGAAGGAGAAAUACGACUAUGUCGAGGAGGUCAUUAAGAUGUUGAACAUGGCUGACUUCGGCGAGGGUCUGAACGUCGAGCAACGUAAGCUCUUGACCAUCGGUGUCGAACUGGCUGCGAAGCCAAAGUUGCUCCUCUUCCUUGACGAGCCGACCUCGGGUCUGGACAAGCCAGAGUUCCCCAGCGCGAUCCUCUUCCAGGAGUUCGACAGACUUCUCUUCCUCGCGAAGGGAGGUAAGACGGUCUACUUCGGAGAGAUCGGCGAGAACUCCGAGACUCUUCUGCACUACUUUGAGAACCAAGGAGCACGGAAGUGCGGCAAGGAUGAGAACCCGGCUGAGUACAUGCUCGAGAUUGUCAACAACGGCAAGAACGAUCAGGGCGAAGAGUGGUUUGAUGUCUGGAAGAACAGCGACAACGCGCAAGAAGUCCAGAAACAAAUCGAAGACUUGCACAAGGAGCGUCAGAACGAUAACCUCGAUAUCGCAAAGGAAACUGGUGGCGGUGCAUACGCCAUGCCAAUUACGACACAGAUUUGGGAAUGCACAUACCGUGUCUUCCAGCAAUACUGGAGAAUGCCCAGCUACGUACUCGCCAAAUUUGGUCUCUGUGCUAUUGCCUCGCUCUUCAUCGGCUUCUCCUUCUUCUCCGCCGACUCGACGCAAGCAGGCAUGCAAACCAUCAUCUUCUCCGUAUUCAUGAUGACGACCAUUUUCUCCUCUCUGGUACAGCAGAUCCAGCCCUUGUUCAUCACCCAGCGCUCCCUCUAUGAAUCCCGCGAGCGCCCCAGCAAAGCCUAUUCUUGGGUGGCAUUCAUGGUCGCCAACAUCGUCGUCGAAAUCCCCUACGGCAUCUUCGCCGGCAUCCUCUCCUUCGCCUGCUUCUACUACCCCGUCGUCGGCGCCUCCCAGUCCAGCGAACGACAAGGUCUCGUCCUCCUCUUCAUGAUGCAACUCCUUAUCUACACCUCCACAUUUGCAUCCAUGACCAUCGCUGCGCUGCCCAACGCCGAAACCGCUGCCGGCCUCGUCUCCCUGCUCACCCUCAUGAGUAUCCUGUUCAAUGGCGUACUCCAGCCUCCUUCCCAACUCCCCGGCUUCUGGCUCUUCAUGUACCGCGUCAGCCCGUUCACCUACUGGAUCGGCGGCCUCGUAGCUACCAUGCUAGCCGGGCGCCCAGUGUUCUGCUCCGACCGCGAGAUCUCCGUCUUCGACCCGCCCUCGGGCCAAACGUGCGGCGCAUACCUCCAAUCCUACGCGUCUCUCGCCGGCGGCACUAUCCAAAACCCCAGUGCGACGGCCAACUGCGAGUACUGCAGCCUCUCCAACAGCGACCAAUUCCUCGCAUCCGUGUCGAUUUCUUACAGCCAGAGGUGGCGCAAUUUUGGCAUUUUGUUCGCGUUCAUCGCGUUUAAUAUUUUCUUGGCGGUGCUCACGUAUUGGCUCUUUAGGGUCGCGAAUUUGAAGAAUCUGACAGGGAGAUUUCAUAAGACGAAGAAGGGUGCGAAGGCGAAGGGCGCGGCAGAGAAGGCGGGCAAUGGGGUCGCGGAUGUUGCUGCGCAGGGAGCGCAUCCCGGGGCGAGGAGUGGGGAGAAGGAUGCGUGA